AUGAAGAAGUACAAAGACCACCUCGCCUUGCUGUAUAAGGCGCACGAGAAACUCAAGGAUGAACUCAAUGCGGUGCUGAACCACCCACUAAUGCCGUCAGAAUUUGAACGAGCAUGGAAGGACCUCAUUCAGAGAUACAACUUGCAAGACGAUGAAGUGAUGAAUUCGCUAUGGGAUGACAGGCACGAGUGGAUCUCGGCUUACUACAAGGAAAUUUUCUGUGCUCGGAUCACUUCCACACAGAGAAGCGAGAGCAUGAACCGCAUACUGAAGAAAAACUUUGUCAAAGAGAAGCAUGAUCUCCAUUUGUUUGCUCAGCAGGUGGACAAGUGCAUUCAGACCAAGAAGGCCGUCGAGCAUGCAAAGACAGUAGCAAAUGAGUCAAAGGUAGAAACAACAACCCAGUUUGGGUUUGAAGUUCAGUUAUCAAAAGUGUAUACAAGGGCAGUGUUUGCAGAUUUCAAAGAAACACUCUACCGUAGCACUGCAUUCAGAGCAGAACGGUGCCCUGAGAACCCGACAAAGUAUCUCGUACACCACUACAACAGAUCAUAUGCAUUUGACUGGGCAAGGCAUAAUUUCCAAGUGGUCGCCGAUGAACAAAAAGGUGUCUACGAAUGUAGGAGCAGGAAAGGAUGCAGUUCACAGCGCUGGAAAACGAAAGCCACCAUCAACAAGCAAGCGGGAAGCAAGGAAGGAUGCAGUUCACAGAACUCAAAAACAAAAGCCGCAAUCAACCAGCACGAGGGGAGCAAAGAAGGAUGCAGUUCACAGCACAGGGAAAUGAAAGCAGCCAUCAACCAGCACGCGGGGAGCAAAGAAGGAUACAACUCACAGCGCUGA